AUGCCCACAGAGGGAGAGAAAUCUCCCGAGGCAGAGAAUAACAACAAUAAUAAUAAAAAAGGGAAAUCUGGAGGCUCACAGGAUUCUCAGCCUUCACCUCUUGCUUUGCUAGCAGCCACCUGCAGCAAAAUAGGAACUCCUGGUGAGAAUCAAGGAUCUGGACAGCAGCAGAUUAUUAUAGAUCCCAACCAAGGUUUGGUGCAGCUUCAGAAUCAGCCACAGCAGUUAGAAUUGGUAACAACUCAGCUCUCUGGAAAUGCUUGGCAGCUUGUUGCUGCUUCUUCUUCUGCUUCAAAAGAAAAUAAUGUUGCUCAACAAGGAUCUUCUGUUGCCUCAAGUGCAGGAAGUCCUUCCAGCAGUAACAAUGGCAGUGCAUCUCCUUCAAAAACCAAAUCAAGCAAUUCUUCUGCAACAACCCCUGGACAAUUCCAAGUCAUUCAAGUACAAAAUCCAAGUGGUAGUGUCCAAUACCAAGUGAUCCCACAGAUCCAGACAACAGAAGGUCAACAACUUCAAAUCAAUCCAUCUAAUGCUACUGGCCUGCAAGACAUACAGGGUCAAAUUCAGCUUAUUCCUGCAGGGAAUAAUCAAGCUAUCCUCACAACUGCAAAUAGGACAGCUUCGGGGAAUGUUAUUGCUCAGAACCUAGCAAAUCAGACAGUACCAGUCCAAAUUAGGCCUGGUGUUUCCAUACCACUGCAACUGCAAACUAUUCCUGGUACUCAGGCUCAAGUUGUAACAACAUUACCUAUAAACAUUGGUGGGGUAACACUAGCAUUGCCAGUGAUAAACAAUGUGUCAGCUGGAGCAGGUUCAGGUCAAGUUGGCCAGUCUCCUGAGGGUGGAGUUUCCAAUGGAAAUCAGCUAGCAUCUACACCUGUCACUUCUGCCUCUGGUAGUACAAUGCCAGAGUCUCCUUCCUCAUCUUCCACCUCUACAACCACUGCCUCAACAUCUCUAACCAGCAGUGACACGCUAGUAAGCUCUGCAGAAACAGGCCAAUACACAAGCACAGCAGGCAGCAGUUCAGAGCAGACGACUGAAGAACCUCAGACAACUGCUACAGACUCUGAAGCCCAGAGCUCCAGUCAGCUUCAGUCCAAUGGACUACAGAACGUCCAGGAUCAGUCAGGUUCCCUUCAGCAGGUCCAAAUCGUAGGGCAGCCUAUUCUGCAGCAGAUACAGAUCCAGCAGCCUCAACAGCAGAUUAUUCAGGCCAUUUCUCCACAGUCAUUUCAGCUCCAGUCAGGGCAGACUAUACAGACCAUCCAACAGCAGCCUUUGCAGAAUGUUCAGCUGCAGGCAGUGAGUCCAACUCAGGUGCUCAUCAGGGCUCCAACCUUAACACCAUCAGGGCAGAUCAGCUGGCAAACUGUACAGGUUCAGAAUCUGCAAAGCCUUUCAAAUCUUCAAGUUCAAAAUGCUGGGUUACCCCAACAACUAACCAUUACCCCUGUGUCUUCAAGUGGUGGUACAACCAUUGCCCAAAUUGCACCAGUGGCUGUUGCUGGUACCCCCAUCACUCUGAGUGCUGCCCAGCUUGCUUCUGUACCUAAUCUUCAAACAGUAAGUGUUGCCAACCUGGGUGCUGCAGGUGUUCAAGUUCAAGGAGUUCCUGUUACCAUUACCAGUGUUGCAGGUCAACAGCAAGGACAGGAUGGAGUAAAAGUACAGCAAGCCACGAUAGCUCCUGUUACUGUAGCAGUAGGUGGCAUUGCUAAUGCAGCAAUUGGUGCUGUUAGUCCUGAUCAGAUAACACAAGUGCAGCUACAACAAGCUCAACAAGCUUCUGACCAGGAAGUGCAACCUGGCAAGAGAUUGAGAAGAGUUGCCUGCUCAUGUCCUAAUUGCAGAGAGGGAGAAGGAAGGGGCAGCAAUGAACCAGGAAAAAAGAAACAACAUAUAUGCCAUAUUGAAGGAUGUGGAAAAGUUUAUGGCAAGACAUCUCAUCUUCGAGCACAUCUGCGCUGGCAUACUGGUGAAAGACCAUUUGUAUGCAACUGGAUGUUUUGUGGCAAGAGAUUUACAAGGAGUGAUGAGUUACAGAGACACAGAAGAACCCACACAGGUGAAAAGAGAUUUGAGUGUCCAGAAUGUUCUAAAAGGUUUAUGCGAAGUGACCAUCUCUCAAAACAUGUCAAAACUCAUCAGAACAAGAAGGGUGGUGGAACAGCCCUUGCUAUUGUUACCUCAGGAGAACUGGACUCUUCAGUUACUGAGGUUCUUGGUUCUCCAAGAAUUGUCACUGUUGCUGCCAUUUCUCAAGAUUCAAACCCAGCAACCCCUAAUGUUUCAACAAACAUGGAAGAAUUCUGA